UGGAGAAGUAGAGAUUCCUUUACUUUUACCAAACCACACUAGGCAUGAUGACAAUGUUGUCACAGUCACACUAAAUAUAAGAACUAACUGAUCCAUGACUCUUCACUCUGAGCAGUCAGCACAUAAAAAAGACACAUUUUGAUGUCACGCAAUCUGUUCCUAAUUUCUCUCGUCUCCCUUUUAAAGCCGCCACUCUCACACACCCAACUCUUCUUCUCUUCCCUUCUUUCAUGUAAAUUCUAUUUUCUUCAUGCUUCUGUGAAAAUGCUCCUCCAAGUUUCAAUUUUUCUCUUCUGGGCUGCCACCCUUUUGUGUUUUAUUAUCACCUGAUGUGUUUUUUGCAGGUCGGUAUGAACACAAGUUGUUCAAGCUAUCUGGGGAUAUUGUUGAAUUUUGAUUUAUGGAGGCACAAUUUGGGGGGAAGAAUCAGUACUUGUGUGGACCUGUGGUGUCAGGGAUGAAGAAAGCUGUUGGGAAGGGGAAGGGGAGUUUGGAGUGGGAUUUGAAUGAUUGGAAAUGGGAUGGUGAUCUUUUCACUGCUCAACAACUCAAUUCAGUGCCAUCAGAUUGUAGUAGUCGCCAGUUUUUCCCACCUCAUCCUGAAAUUUCUGCAAAAAAUGCUAAUCCAUCUUCCAAUUUGUCUUCUUCUCUAUUCAACUCAGGUGAAGGGAAGAGGGAAUUGGAGAAAAGGAGAAGGGGUGUUAUAGGGGAAGGUGAAGAGGAGAGGCUAAAUGAUGAGGGUGGUUCCCUUAGUUUGAACCUUGGGGGUCAAGGUUACCCUCUAAUAGUGGAAGGAGAGGAAAAAAGUGGAAAGAAGACAAAGGUAAUUGGGACUACUAUUGCUGCUGCUACUUCUACCUCUAACCGUGCUGUUUGUCAGGUGCAAGAUUGUAGGGCUGAUCUUAGUAAUGCCAAGGAUUACCACCGUCGGCAUAAGGUUUGUGGUGUUCACUCGAAGGCCACUAUGGCACUAGUGGGAAAUGUUAUGCAACGUUUCUGUCAACAGUGUAGCAGGUUUCAUGUUCUUCAAGAGUUUGAUGAAGGGAAGAGAAGUUGUCGAAGGCGUUUGGCCGGCCACAACAGGAGGAGGAGGAAAACUCAUCCCGAUGUUACUGUUAUUAAUGAAGGAUCACUUAAUGAUGAAAGGGGCAGUAGCUAUCUGUUGAUGAGUCUGUUACGGAUACUGACCAAUUUGCAUUCAAAUGGCUCAGAUCAUACAAAGAACCAGGAUAUUCUUUCUCAUCUACUAAGGAACCUGGCAAGUCUGGCUGGUCCAAUUAAUGGUAGAAGUUUAGCAUCCUUAUUGGAGGAAUCUAAAGGUUUGGUAAAUGCCGGGACACCUGGAGCUGCUCAUGAUAAACCCAACCUUAUUUCAAAUGGUCUUAAUUCCAGGCCGUCUGGUUCUUCCAUCAAGACAGAUAAUGGCAUCAUCAUUCAGGACCCUCCAAUGUCUGUGGCACAGUGUGAAACAGUGCCUGCUAAUGGUAGGACACAAAAAUGUAUACCUUCAGGUGAUGGUGGAGUGGGAAUUUUAAAACCUCCUUCAGGACUACGGCAGGACAACCUUCCAUCCCAAUUAACUGCAGCAGAGACUACAGUUGGAAAGGGCACUUUAAUUAACUUUGACCUGAAUAAUGUGUACAAUGAUAUACAGAGUACUGUUGAGACUCAUAAGAAGCCUUAUCCUUGUGUGGCUUCAGAGAUGGGGUCUAUUGGUCAUCCCUCAUGGUUGCAAUGUGAUUCUCUCAAAUCGAGUCCUCCACAGACAAGUGGAAACUCAGAUUCAACCUCUACCCAAUCACCAUCUAGUUCCAGUGGAGAAGCUCAGAGUCGCACGGAUCGAAUUGUUUUUAAACUCUUUGGUAAGGAUCCAAAUGAUUUUCCCCUUCUUCUCCGGUCACAGAUCCUCAACUGGUUAUCCCACAGCCCUACAGAGAUAGAGAGCUACAUAAGGCCAGGCUGUAUCAUAUUAACAAUAUAUCUCCGUCUUGAAAAAUCUGCAUGGGAGGAGCUCUACUGUAAUCUAGGAGCAAGCUUGAGAAAGCUUCUUGCUGCAUCAAAUGAUUCAUUUUGGACAACAGGAUGGAUAUAUGCAAGGGUGCAGCACACUGUAGCUUUUCUGUAUAACGGUCAGGUAGUCUUAGAUGUGCCCCUGCGUCUCAAAAGCCCGCAACAUUGUAGGAUUUCUUGCAUUAAACCACUUGCUGUUCCUGCAAGUGCUAGUGCUCAAUUUAUUGUGAAAGGUUUCAACCUUUCCCAGUCUAGCACAAGGUUGCUCUGUGCACUUGAAGGGAAGUAUCUGAUACAUGCUAAUUGUCAUGAUUUGAUUGAUGGAGCUGAUGCGCCCAUUCAGCAUCUCAGCUUUUCUUGUCAUAUACCAAGUAUAACUGGGAGGGGGUUUAUUGAGGUGGAAGACCACGGUCUUAGCAGUUGUUCAUUUCCAUUUAUAGUUGCAGAACAAGAAGUUUGUGCAGAGAUCUGCAAGUUGGAGAAUGUGAUAGAGUCAGCUGAAACCACUGAUGACAUCCAGAUAAAAAACCAACAAAUUGAAGAAAAGACUAGAGCUUUGGAUUUCUUACAAGAAAUGGGUUGGCUCCUUCAUAGAAGUCAUGUGAAAGUUAGGCUAGGUACCAUGGCUCCUAUCCAUGAUCUCUUCCCAUUCAAACGGUUCAUGUGGCUCAUUGAUUUUUCCAUGGACCAUGGUUGGUGUGCUGUGAUGAAAAAGCUCUUGGACAUUGUAUCUGGGGGUGGUGUUGAUGCAGGAGAGCAUGCUUCCGUUGAGCUUGCAUUGUUGGAGAUGAGUCUUCUACACAGAGCUGUAAAGAGAAACUGUAGGCCUAUGGUAGAACUACUGUUAAGAUUUGUGCCAGUUAAAACCUCAGAUGGUGCAGACAGUGAAGUGAAGCAAGUUGACAAGGUCCCUGACAGAUUCUUAUUUAGACCUGAUGCUGUUGGGCCAGCUGGGUUGACUCCUCUUCAUGUUGCAGCAAGUAUGAGUGGCUCCGAGAAUGUGUUGGAUGCAUUAACUGAUGAUCCACGAAUGGUAGGAAUUGAAGCAUGGGAAAGUGCCCGGGACAGUACCGGUUCGACCCCCAUAGACUAUGCACGCCUUCGGGGCCAUUACUCAUACAUUCAACUUGUCCAAAAUAAGACCAACAAAAAAGAUGAAAGACAACAUGUGGUUGACAUCCCUGGAACUGUUGUGGAUAGUAACUCAAAGCAGAAACAAACAGAAGGGCACAGGAGAUGUAAAGUUUCAAGUUUACAGACUGAGAAGAUUGAAACCACAGCAAUGACACAACAAUGUAGGGUAUGCCAGCACAAGGUGGCUUAUGGUGGCAUGAGAAUAGCAGUGGUUUAUAGGCCAGUGAUGCUCUCCAUGGUGGCCAUAGCAGCUGUGUGUGUCUGUGUGGCAUUGCUCUUCAAAAGCUCACCUAGAGUUUACUAUGUGUUCCAGCCCUUCAACUGGGAGUCAUUGGAGUAUGGGGCAAUAUAAUGCUACAUGUAUAUCAGGUGUUUUCUGCUAUACCUUUUUUCAUAUUUUUUAGAAACUCUGCAAGUCCUAGCUUUGGGGUAUACACAUGAUAGUAUAGAUCAAUAGUAAUAGUUGCUGUCAUCAAUAUGUAUGGGGAAAACCCUUGGUUGACACUUGAGCUGUUCAGAACAGAAUCAUGAUUGUGGGGUCAAUGCUUUGUUAUUAGGCCAUUAUGUGUGUAAUGACAGGGAUAAAACUGUGUAAGCAAUUUGACUUGUAUUGAUCAAUAAAUAUAAAUAUUAAAUAUUUACGGUUUUGUUUAA